CUGCUAUCCCCGCCCGCUGGUUGGUGCGUGUCCCUGUCCCUCCUGCCCGCACCUGCCGCUUCCUGGAGUCCGGGGCUCGGUGUGUGGCGCUGCCAUGUUCGUGUGGGGCAGAGCGGGGGCCCCGGGAGCCGCCACUGGGAGGGCCAAUAGCCUGGAGCCUGUCACAGGACCCGUCAUGGAGGCGAUGUGAGCGGCGCCGGCCGUCCCCGUGCGAAUGAAUAAAAGGCUUUGUGUUUAUAAACAAGAGUCCAGAAUGGGUAACUCAUGUCUGCAGCGGUGCAUCAGCAGCUGAGGCUGGCCAAAUCUCCCAGCAUCCCGUGGGGGAGCAUGUAUAAGAGGAAUGGCCUAAUGGCCAGCGUGACAGUCACGGCCGCCACACCAGAGGGCAGCAGCAGUUCCGACUCUAUGGAUGGGCAGAGCUCAGACUACGCCAAUAAGAGUUAUGAUGCCGUCGUGUUCGACGUGUUGAAAGUGACUCCUGAGGAGUUUGCUAGUCAGAUCACGCUGAUGGACGUGCCGGUAUUCAAAGAAAUCCUCCCCGAGGAACUCGCCAGCUGUGGUUGGAACAAAAAAGAGAAACAUAUUCUCGCCCCAAAUGUUGUUGCCUUUACAAGAAGAUUCAACCAGGUGAGCUUCUGGGUCGUUCGAGAGAUUUUAACAGCGCAGACGUUGAAAAUCAGAGCGGAAAUACUGAGCCAUUUCGUCAAGAUUGCGAAGAAACUUCUGGAACUGAACAACAUCCAUUCCCUGAUGGCUGUGGUGUCGGCGUUACAGAGCGCCCCGAUAUUCAGGCUGACCAAGACCUGGGCUCUUCUGAACCGAAAGGACAAAACAACCUUUGAGAAGUUGGAUUAUCUGCUGUCCAAAGAGGACAACUGCAAGCGGAUGCGGGAGCACAUACGAAGCUUGAAGAUGGUCCCUUGUAUCCCCUACUUAGGACUUUAUCUUUUGGAUAUAAUCUACAUUGACUCCGCCUACCCGGCAUCUGGCAGCAUUAUGGAGAACGAGCAGCGGACCAAUCAGAUGAACAAUAUCCUGAGAAUCAUCGCAGAUUUACAAGUCUCCUGCAUAUACGAUCACCUCGUGACGCUGCCCCAUGUACAGAAAUAUCUCAAGUCGGUUCGGUACAUUGAAGAGCUGCAAAAAUUUGUUGAAGACGACAAUUAUAAGUUGUCGCUAAGAAUUGAGCCGGGAAACAGUUCUCCUCGCUUGGUUUCCUCUAAAGAAGACCUCGCAGGUCCCUCCGAGAUGACAGCUACAAUGCGAUUCCACAGGAGACCGACAUGCCCCGAUGCGUCCGUGGCCACCAAUCUCCCAACUCCGCCCGUGUCCCGCCAUAGAAAGAGCCACAGCCUAGGAAACAACGUCAUGUGUCAGUUCAGUGUGGUUGAGAGUAAAAGUGCCACAUUUCCAUCCGAGAAACAGCGCCAUCUGCUGGACGAUAGCGUCCUAGAGUCACAGAGCCCUGUCAGGAACCAAUCGCAGACCCCCGUGUUUACCAAUGGCAUUUCCUUAGGGAGCAGUGAAAGCUCAGAAUUCAGUGAAGAGGUGUCUGCUGGGCUCGACAGGGGUCGAUUGUAUGCCACCCUGGGACCCAACUGGCGGGUUCCCGUUCGGAAUUCUCCCAGAAGUCGCAGCUGUGUUUACAGCUCGACGCGCUCAGAGCGGGCCAGCGCUUGGAUACACACAGGAAUGGCGACAGUACGUCCCACCGGCGCAUACAGCUCCUUCGUGGGAAGCUCAUCUAGUGCCAUUGCCAUGGAGGGACCGCUCAGAAGGAAAACUCUGCAGAAAGAAGGGAAAAAGCCAACGCUCGCGUCCUGGACAAGGUACUGGGUGACCCUUUCUGGAUCAACACUCCUGUACUUUGGGCCAAAGUCUUUAAGAGGCAAUGAACGGAAACAUUACAAAUCUACACCUAGUAAAAAGGUGUCCAUACUGGGCUGGAUGGUGGUACUGCCUGAUGAUCCAGAACAUCCCAACAUUUUCCAACUCAAUAACCCAGAUAAAGGCAAUGUUUACAAGUUCCAGACCAGCUCCAGGUUCCACGCGAUACUGUGGCACAAACAUCUGGACGACGCCUGUAAAAGCACCCGGCCGCCAGUGCCCGCUAACCUCAUGUCUUUUGAGUGAGCGGUUCGGUCCGUUUUUGGAAUUGAAGUGCCAAAUUACCCAGCCAAAGUGGAUUUAUACUGUAGGCAACGUAGCCAGAAGACUUUGCCCCUACGGAGUACAGAAGCCCUUCUCUGUUCCACUAUAAAGUGGACAUCCAAGAUGGAUGCACAUAGGAGGGGGAAGGUAAAGCAGCCCUGAUUGGCCGAAGGCGCAUGAUAUCAUUUAGAACCAUGGAACUGCUUUGUGUACCGGAACAGCCUAUUGGCCCAUGUUGGGUUGAAGCCUCUCUCUGACAGACACGAUACUAACAGUGUUACUUACAGUGUCAAUUGGAUUGGACGUCGGAAUCCGCAUUUUUAUAAGUCGACUUGCACUGAUUGGCUCGGCAUUGUGGCUGGCUCCGCCUUUUGACAAUUAGGAGAACCCGCUUUGGAUUUACCCCUCGAUGUUUUGUGACCAGUACCAAACCCGUGGAUUGGGGCACAAACUGUAAAUACAGUAAAUAGGCUUUUAACUUAAUUUUUUUUAAUCGAAAGACACUAAAAUUGUAUUUCAUUUUCUCUGUGGUAACGAAUUUGCCUGCGACGUAACGACGAGACGUUAUUUUUAUUUACUACAUUAGUAUAAGAACGUAGGGGCUGGUUGGACCCGCGAAGAUAACAUCUUUUUUUAUUGUGCGAGUGAUAUUAUUUAUACUUUAGAACUUGGCUGUGGGGUACGGGAGCGCCCCCAGAAGGGGCAUCCUGGGCGGGGUACGUGGGCGCCCCCAGAAGGGGGCAUCCUGGGCGGGGUACAUGGGCGCCCAGAAGGGGGGAUACUGGGCAGAGUACGUGGGCGCCCAGAAGGGGGCAUCCUGGGCGGGGUACGUGGGCACCCAGAAGGGGGGAUCCUGGGCGGGGUACAUGGGCGCCCAGAAGGGGGGAUACUGGGCAGAGUACAUGGGCGCCCAGAAGGGGGCAUCCUGGGCGGGGUACGUGGGCGCCCCCAGAAGGGGGGAUCCUGGGCGGGGUACGUGGGCGCCCCCAGAAGGGGGGAUCCUGGGCGGGGUACGUGGGCGCCCAGAAGGGGGCAUCCUGGGCGGGGUACGUGGGCGCCCAGAAGGGGGCAUCCUGGGCGGGGUACGUGGGCGCCCAGAAGGGGGCAUCCUGGGCGGGGUACAAGGGCUCAGUGCCCCUCCUCCUGGAGGCUUCACACCAGCAAAGGAAAUAAUCACACGUCAGAACUGCCCCACUGCUCGUUAUUGAUUUAUAAAUAGCCUAAUGGUACCCCAAAAAUGAGCUUCAACCCCCCCCAAGUAUUUAUUUACAAUGACUGUUUACACCACAGAGUGUAAGCACUUCCGGGGCAAGGACUGAUACUGGGAAUGCCGUAUAAUCAUGUAAAAGAGGUGGGGGAUAUGUGGGCAGGGCCAGAACUAGGCGAAGGCAAAAGAGGUACCUACCUCUUCUGAACCCUCUAACUCAUAGGAGCAUUGGAUCAGGAGUAAGAGUUGUGCCAGGUAGACAGGAAAGAGGAGUUGCCAAGCGGGUCCAUGUUGGGUGGAGUGAGGCCGGGAGGAUUUUCCUUGGGCGCCCCAUUAUGUUGGCCCAGCUCUGUAUAUUGGAGCUAUAUAUAAGGGAUAAUACUAGGGGGCAGAAGACUUGGCUUCCAAGGCAUGGAAAGCCUUAUCAGGAGCUGAGUGGGUCUCUACGACCAGAUCGAGGACUGCAGUUGUCCACCCGAUUGGUGGAUCUCCGUUGGCUUGGCAGUUUGACCGAACCAAUGGAACCUGUUCACAACAAACGCCAUCGAUUUCAAUGAGUUGAGCUUCUGAGCCAUAGGACUUCAUCCCACCCAACCGCCAGAAUUCUGAGGGCAAUUUCUGUGAAGUCGUGGUCAAUGGCUGACUUGGUCAAAAAGUUAAACUUGAUGGACUUGUCUGUUUUUUUUUCAACCUCAUCUGUUAAAUCACUUGGGGGAAAUUUUAUAAUAACAGAGCCCUUCUGAUCCCUUCCAUGAAGCCCCGCCCCCUUACACAGCAUAACCACUGCAAUAUUUAAUGUACUAAAACGGACAAGAGGUAGGUUCUCCUGAUAUCCGGUGGGUUGCUAGGGAGCACAGGCAGCCCACGUUGCUAGGGACGGACACAGACACUGACACUCAUCCCUUUAAGAUGUUUUUACCUACUGAGUUUACUAAGACGAGUUUGUGGUUUACCCGCUAAAGGAAUCGUUUCCACAUAUCGUUGUCUCGUUUAACAUUCCCGGGUGAUUUUUUUGAAUUUUUACACCAAUAAAUGUGAAUUGUAAACUUUG